AUGGAGGAAACUAAGGAGCCAGUUGGGCAUCGCGACUGGAGGAAAAAGCUGCUGCGACAACAGAGGGCUGGCCGUGGGGAUCUCUCGGUGGUCACCGCCCCUCGACCUGGAACACCUGCCCUACUGUCUACCGGGCUGAAGAGCAGUGACUUUCCGACUACACCCCGUGCCAGUGCCGGAGAGUUCCUAGCAGAGAUGCAGGAGCGCAUCAAGAGAGGAAUCGAGCAUCUACAGGGGGAAAAUGAGACUUUCACUUUCGACAACCUCUUGGACGCCAUGAAGUUGACUGCUGCCACAGAUUAUCCGGACACAGGAGGCGAGCCUUUUGGUGACAAUGCGGCCAUCACCAAGGAGACCCUCGACCGUGUACUAGCCGAUAUUGACUCUGGCACUGCCAACCUGGACCUGAACACAAGGCAGCACAAUCGGGAACUGCGAGAUCAGUUGGAAUUGGCCGGCGAGGACCUGGCCGCUACGCUUCAACUCGUGGACACGAAGGAAAUGCAAAUCCGAGAACUUGAACAAGUCGUCGAGGAUCUGGAAGCAGAGCGCGACAGGCUAAAUGAGAGCCUCCGUAAACUCGGACAAUCCUUGAAAGACAAUCAGGUUCUACUGAGGCAGUACUCAAAAAGGGGCAAGGUGGACGAGUCGGCACGUUUCAAGCAGCUUCAGGACGACUAUGACCAUCUCAACGAGGAGCUGGAACACUCGGAAGAAGAAAGAGCGAGACUACAAGGACACAUCGAUCAACUUGAGAAGGACUUGGCUAGCUGGACAGAGACAGCGCAAAUAUGGGAGCAAUUUCCCGGGGGGGUUCCUGAUGGUGCUGCAUUAGCCUUGAAAGACCGGGAAUUGAAGCGUCUGGCUUCUGAAGUCGAGAAGCUCGCGCAAGAAAAUAUCCAGAUCAAGGCUAAACUUGCCGCUGCAGGGGUGUCAUCCGCCGCCGCUGUUGUGGCGUCUUCUGAGGGCGAAUAUCCGAAAGAUAAUUCCGUGAAGGGCCAACCCGCAGAGGACCAGCCUCAAGAUGAUGACCAAUCUCAGGAUGAUCGACCUCAAGAUGACCAGCCCCAAGCCGACCAGCCUGGGGACGAGUCUGAUUCUUCAAACGACGAGCCAGAGGAAGACGAUCCUGCAAAAGACAAGCCUGCAGACGAUGAACGGGCAGAAGACGAACCUGCAGAAGAUGAACCCGCGAAGAGCCAAUCAGCUAAGAACAAGUCUCCGAAGAGCCAGUCUGCAAAGGCACAAUCCUCGAAAGACCAAGAACUGAGAAGCAUGGCAGCCGCUUUUGACAGCCUUUCUAAAGAAUACGUCCGAGUCAAAGAUGAGUUGGACGAAGCAAAGAGAUCUACCAGUGCUAGCCAGGCCGCAGAUGCGAAAGACAAGAAACCGGAAAGCUCAUCUGGAGAGAGCAGUAAACUUCCGGAAACCACCAAACCGGUCAAGGAAGACGCCACAACAGCCUCGAAGGACAAAGACAUGAAGCAUCUGGCAGCCCAAAACGUGAAACUCAUGCAUUUAUACAAGGAGGCAAAAGCCCAACUAGCCAAACGCGAUGGCGAGAUGGCCGAGAAAGGCGAGAAAGUGGACCGUUCGACUGGCGAGAGCAGUAAACUCCCCGAGGAAUCUAAGCAAGGGGCAGUCAAGCCGGCCAAGAAAGACGCCACAAAGGACACCGAUGUGAAGCGCCUGGCAGCUCAGAAUCACAAGCUCAUGCAAUUGUACAAGGAGGCAAAGGCCCACAUAGCAGAGGGCCAUGCGGAAACGGCCGAGAAAGACAAAGAAGUGGAAGCCAUAGCUGUUGAGACUGAGGCACUCGUUCAGGAGUUGAAGACUACGAAAGCUCAGUUGGCUAGGUUGAAGGGACUCGAGGGCUCCAUGAAGGACCUCUUGCUGGAAGCCGAUGAUCAGAUAUCUGGGCUACAGGCAGCGCUCAAGGCUGGUAGUUCAGAGACUUAG